CCCUUUGCCUUUCUGUCUCUGCCCCUUUUAUUCUCUGCACCUCUCAAAACAGAAAGGCCCAGACUUUCUCAUGAGAGUUUAUCUCUUCCAACAAACUGCCCAAUCCCCAAAACUGAAAUACGGAAAAGAGAGAUCUCGACUAGAAGGAAAUAGCAGGUGCAUUCCCCUCCUCCUGGCUAUUUUGUACGUCUAGAAAAUACAGACGAUUUGUAUUUGAAGAAGAGAACAAGGAUGCGCAAGUGGCUGUGUUGUACUUGUCAAGUAGAGGAGUCGUAUCCAUCAAAUGAAAAUGAGCACCUGAAAAGCCCCAAGAACCAUUCAGAUGGACAACCAAAGGGGUCAAAGGUGUCAGCUCUUGUCAAAGCUGAAGUGCAGAAGACAGCACCACCACCUAUAGAGGUGCCUGCAUUGUCUUUGGAAGAACUAAAAGAAAAGACAGACAACUUUGGAUCAAAGGCAUUGAUUGGUGAAGGAUCAUAUGGAAGAGUGUAUUAUGCAAACUUAGAUAAUGGGAAAGCAGUGGCUGUUAAAAAGCUUGAUGUUUCAUCUGAGCCCGAGUCAAAUGUUGAGUUUUUGACCCAGGUUUCUAUGGUUUCAAGAUUGAAGCAUGAAAAUGUUGUCGAAUUGCAAGGUUAUUGUGUUGAAGGAAAUCUCCGUGUACUUGCAUAUGAGUUUGCAACGAUGGGAUCAUUACAUGACAUAUUACAUGGAAGGAAGGGGGUUCAAGGGGCACAGCCAGGUCCAGUGCUUGAUUGGAUGCAGCGGGUACGAAUUGCAGUUAAUGCUGCAAGGGGCUUGGAAUAUUUGCAUGAGAAGGUUCAACCAUCUGUAAUACACAGAGAUGUCAGAUCUAGCAAUGUAUUACUCUUUGAAGACUUCAAAGCCAAGAUUGCAGAUUUUAACCUUUCAAAUCAGACUCCUGACAUGGCUGCUCGCCUUCAUUCUACUCGAGUCUUGGGGACCUUUGGCUACCAUGCUCCAGAGUAUGCAAUGACUGGACAGUUGACACAAAAGAGUGACGUGUACAGUUUUGGUGUUGUUCUUCUGGAGCUUCUGACAGGGAGGAAACCAGUAGAUCACACCAUGCCGCGAGGACAACAGAGUCUUGUUACCUGGGCCACUCCACGACUAAGUGAAGAUAAAGUCAAACAAUGUGUAGAUCCAAGGCUGAAUGGAGAGUAUCCUCCCAAAGGAGUUGCAAAGCUGGCAGCUGUGGCAGCAUUAUGCGUUCAGUAUGAAGCUGAGUUCCGUCCAAACAUGAGCAUUGUUGUAAAGGCCCUACAGCCCCUCCUGAAGCCUCCAUCUCAAGCUCCAGUCCCAGAGUCUAGUUGAAGAGAAUAAGCACAGUUUCACCCAUUAUUGGGAUUUCUGCAACCAGUGCACGAUUUGGUUUCAUUCGACUGUGGAUUCCAUGGAUCACCAAAUAUAUAUAAGUAAUAUAUAUAUUUUUUUCAAUUUUCCAUGUAUGAGAUGGGAUGUCUAGGAUCGAAUUGGAUUGUUUAGUGUCAGUGAUUGUGAUCUUUCUUCCUGAUGUGAACCAGGGUGGUGUUGGCUUAAUUUAAAGUCUAAAGUGAUGAAAAUGACAUAUGGUAUUGGGUGGUUUGGUGGAUAAACUCUUUGUAUUGUUUGCUUUGUUUUUCUAAUCUUACUAAAUGGAGUAUUUGUAU